AUGACGAAGGGAACGUCCAGCUUUGGCAAGCGCCACAAUAAGACGCACGUCCUGUGCAGACGCUGCGGAUCUCGCUCUCUCCACGUCCAGAAGCACACCUGCUCGAACUGCGGAUACCCGAGCGCGACCAUCAGGAAAUUCAACUGGGGCGAGAAGGCGAAGCGAAGAAAGACCACCGGCACCGGUCGCAUGCGGUCACUGAAGCACGUCGCUCGCAAGGCCAAGAACGGUUUCCAGCUCGGCCACCCCAAGGGUUCGAGGGGUCCUGGGGCACAAGCAUCGUCGUAG